GGCCGGCGGCCCCACAGCGGAUCACCUGUCAGCUCGGCACACACACAGCAGCGCCGCGCACCCCGAUCGACCGUCCCAGCCACCGGGCGGCUCAGACAGCCCCGCCCCAGUCCGCCGCAGCUCCGUCACACCGCCGCGCCGGCACCAGUCCUCCGUCCGCCGCCCGCGCGGCCAGUCCGUCAGUCCGUCCGUCCGUCCGGCUUGUCUGUUCGUCCGUCUGUCUGUCCAUCAACCGGUCCAACAUGGAGCCCUACUCGAGCACCGUGCUCUGGAUCGUCAUCGUUUCCUUCAUCGUUGCCUUCGUCCUCGCGUUCGGCGUGGGCGCCAACGACGUCGCUAACAGUUUCGGCACGUCUGUGGGCUCACGGGUGCUCACGCUGCGCCAGGCCUGCAUCCUGGCCUCCAUCUUCGAGGUGGCCGGAUCCAUACUGCUCGGCUACAGCGUCUCCGAGACCAUACGAAAGGGUAUCGUGGACACGGACCUGUUCGCUAACGACGAGAAGGAGCUCAUGUUGGGCUCGCUGUCAGCGCUGGUCGGCUCGGCGCUCUGGAACCUGAUCGCCACAGCACUGGCCAUGCCCAUCUCGGGCACGCACACGGUGGUCGGCGCGACCAUCGGGUACGCGCUGGUGGCGCGCGGCGUCGACGGCGUCCACUGGAUGGAGCUGGUCAAGAUCAUCGCCUCGUGGUUCAUCUCGCCAAUCCUCUCCGGCACCAUCUCGGUGGUGCUGUUCGUCCUGCUGCGCAAGGUGGUAAUCCGCGCCGAGCGGCCGCUGCGCAACGGCCUCCUCCUGCUGCCCAUCCUGUUCGCCGUCACAGUCUUCAUCAACGUGUUCAGCAUCGUGCACGACGGCUCUCCGCUGCUGCGCUUCGACCGGAUCCCGCUGUGGGGCGCGCUGGUGACGGCGUUUGGCGCCGGCCUGCUGACAGCUGCCGCCGUCCAGCUGUGGCUGGUGCCGCGCAUCCGCACCAAACAGAGCGACACCACCACCACCACCACCCCUGCCGUCGGAGCCGCCACCAUCGCCAGCGUCGAGCUCGGCCGCGGGUCAGUCAACUCGGACGACGGCAAGAUCAACCCCGUCUUCACGAUCGAGCGCGCCGGCAGGAGCGUCGACUACGGCACCACCACCGCGGCUGUCGCUACCGCCACCGAGGUCAAAUCCACCGAGGACGCCGCGCCGUCCGACGACAAACAUUCGACAGACACCGACUCGGUCACCGCCAACUCGCAAGUCAGUCUGGCCAGCGGCGAGCCCACCAAGCCGGCCGAGCCGCUGGAGGACGUGGCCGGGGAGGCGCAGCUCUUUUCGCCGCUGCAGAUCCUCACCGCCUGCUUCGGCAGCUUCGCGCACGGCGGCAACGACGUCAGCAACGCGGUCGGCCCGCUGGUGGCCGUCUGGCUCAUCUACACCGAGGGCUCUGUGGCGCAGGAGUCCGAGACGCCCAUCUACGUGCUGGCCUACGGCGGCCUGGGCAUCACGGUCGGCCUGUGGGCGCUCGGCAGGCGCGUCAUGCGCACCAUCGGAGAGGACCUGACGCGUCUGACGCCCGCCACCGGCUUCACCAUCGAGCUGGGCGCCGCCAGCACCGUGCUGCUCGCCUCCAAGAUCGGGCUGCCGGUGUCCACCACCCACUGCAAGGUGGGCAGUGUGGUCACCGUGGGCUGGGCGCGCUCCGGCGGCGGUGGCGUCAGCUGGCGCCUGUUCGGCGGCAUCGCCACCGCCUGGCUGGUCACCGUGCCCGUCUCGGCCGCCGCCAGCGCCGCCGUCAUGGCCUUCCUCACCGCCGUCGCCCUCUAGCGGACCCGCCGACCGACGGACCGUCCAACUGAGAAACCUCUCCGAGCGGCGGAACACACCGGGCCAGUUACGGCUCAUCGGGACCUUCCUGAGCAGUUCAGCCCGCUGUGUCGGCUCCACAUCGCCGUCAGAGGGAGACGCGACGGGCCGGGCCGGCCGGCGUCUCAGCUCACGGCCGGCCGGUGCCAGAGACACCGCCGGCGGUACACCCGAGGUCGGCCGACCGCACGGCGGCGGCUGGGGGCACCGGCCGAGGACACAGCCGCCCAGCGCCGCGUGACCUGAUCACCCACUUUGUAAUGCCUGGCGCAAUCACCAUACAUCCAUCGAGCACCUACACUUGGGCCUCAGAGCAGCAGCAUUUUAAAAAUGUUGAAAUAAUUUGCUCCAUCGCGUUUGCAGUGUUGAUCAUGUAUUCAAUGUUAUGAGAUGUAACUGUUAUUGUGCGUGAUGCAAUGCUUGUAAAAUGUUGUAUUGUUUAUUGUUCAUAGUACACGGGUAAUUGCGUGAAAUAAUGCUUGUUAAAUAAAAAUCAAAUUUUCUA